AUGGCUUCCGCCACGCUCCUUCCGGCUGCGGCCAACCUCAAGGUCAGCGGGCUGUGCGCUUCCCAGACUCGCUUCGCCUCGUCCGCUGCAUCCCUCGCGGGAUCCAAGCCUCAAGCCCAGACGAGCCGUCGUCGCGUCGCUGCUGCCUCCGCCGCUCGCGCAUCCGCCGCAGCCGAAACGUCGGCGGUGCCGCCCGCAUGGCCGGGACGCGCCGAGGCGCCCGCGUCGCCGCACGACUGGGCCGAGCCGAAGGCGAUCUCGCUGAUUGGGUCGACCGGGUCUAUCGGCACUCAGACUUUGGACAUAGUGGCGGAGCAUCCCGACAGGUUCAAGAUCGUCGCGCUCGCCGCCGGCUCCAACAUCGCGCUCCUGGCGCAGCAGGUGCGCCAGUUCCAGCCGUCGCUGGUGUCGGUGCAGAACCCCGCGCUGGUGGGGGAGCUCAAGGAGGCGCUCGCGGGAAUGGAGCGCAUGCCGGAGAUCGUGGCGGGAGACUCGGGGAUCGUCGAGGUGGCACGGCAUCCUGAUGCGGAGACAGUGGUCACGGGCAUUGUGGGGUGCGCGGGACUCAAGCCGACAGUGGCGGCCAUAGAGGCGGGCAAGGACAUCGCCCUGGCGAACAAGGAGACGCUCAUCGCAGGCGGGCCGUACGUGCUGCCGCUCGCCAAGAAGCACGGCUGCCACAUCCUGCCCGCUGACUCGGAGCACUCUGCCAUCUUCCAGUGCAUCCAAGGGCUGCCAGAGGGCGGUCUGCGUCGCAUCAUCCUCACUGCCUCUGGUGGCGCCUUCAGGGACUGGCCGGUGGAGAAGCUCAAGGAGGUGACCCCAGCGGACGCGUUGAAGCAUCCCAACUGGAGCAUGGGCAGGAAGAUCACUGUCGACUCUGCUACACUCAUGAACAAGGGCCUGGAGGUGAUAGAGGCGCACUACCUGUUUGGCGCGGACUAUGACAACAUUGACAUUGUGAUCCACCCUCAGAGCAUCAUCCACUCCAUGGUUGAGACUCAGGAUUCGUCGGUGUUGGCGCAGCUGGGGUGGCCGGACAUGCGGCUGCCCAUCCUCUACACCCUCUCCUGGCCCGACCGUGUCCCCACCUCUGAAGUCACCUGGCCCCGCCUCGACUUCAUCAAGAUGGGCGACUUGACUUUCAGGGAACCCAACCGUGACAAGUACCCGUCCAUGGACCUCUCAUAUGCAGCCGGCAGGGCGGGCGGCACCAUGACCGGUGUGCUCAGUGCUGCCAACGAGCAGGCUGUGGAGAUGUUCCUCGAUGACAAGAUCCACUAUCUCGACAUCUGCCGGGUGAUCGAGGGCACGUGUGAUCGCCAUCGCAAUGACCUCGUGCUUGCCCCGUCACUGGAGGACAUCGUGCACUUCGACCAAUGGGCUCGCGUCUACGCUGCUGAGGUGGCAUCCAAGCUCAGCACCCGUCGCGUGGGCGGUCGCCUGCCGUAUGGCUCGUCGCACGCCGCCAUGUCGUACGGCGCGCCGUUCGUCGCCACCUCCGCGCCCAAGCCGGAGCCCACUGCGCGCCAAGCGCCGUCCGCGGAACGAUCGCGCGGCGACGGGCUCAGACGCCCCGCGAGGGUGGCGCGGCGGGCGCGGAUGCCGGGGGGAAGGGCGCAGCAGGGGGGCGGGUUGCUAUGCGGGUGCUGCGCGUGGUUUGGCGCGCUGUGCGCGCGGCUGCGGCCGUCGCGGAAGGCGAACUGGCCGUACGCGUUAGUGAGUGUUGUGUUUGUGGCGCUGGUGGCGUCCGAGCAGAUCGCCCCGCUGCUGCCCUCCACUGCGCGUGGUCGAGGGGAGGCGCGCGCAGGGGGAGGCGCGGAGGAGGAGGCGGCAGAAGCAACAGGCGUGCACAGGCGGCUGUUGGUGCAAGCAGGAGGGACGAUGGAGGGUUUGCAAGCAGCGGUGGCGGCAAUGGAGGCGGAAAUGGCGACAAUGAAAACCAAGAUGAGCGACCUGGCAGUGAGUGAGCGACCUGGCAGUGACUGGCAACAGAGUAGGCAGGUGGCAAGGGAGGCAGGCAACGUGGCAACAGAGCAGGUUGCUAAGGAGGCGGGUAACUUGCGGGCGGUGUUGCAGGGCGAGGGGCACUGGGCCACAGCCAACCUCACCCGCCAUUUCCUGCUCUCCACAGUGCCCUCUCACCCAGACCGCUGUGCCGUGCUCUCUCUCGACCGCCGGGCACUGCAGCGGCAGUCCAAGCGCGGCCCCAAGGGCCCACCUCUCUCCUGGAAGGGCUACGCGUGUGAGGCAGCACCGUCUCAGAUCCAGAAGUACACAGAUGUGGAUGCAAGGGCGCUGUGCCCUGACGACUGGUUCUUCGUGCAAGAGCUCGUGUUUCUUAUACCUGCCAGCCACCCCUUUGCACCCCCCCUUGUAUGGCAGGGCUACGCAUGUGAGGCAGCACCAUCGCAAAUCCAGAAGUACACAGAUAUUGAGGCGAGGGCGCUGUGCCCCGAUGACUGGUUCUUCGUGCAAGAGCUCGUGUUUCUCAAGAACUGCUUCUCUCUGCCGCCCCGCCGCUGCCUUGCGCGCACGCCGCAGCAACCCACAGAGCCAUUGCCGUUCCCACAAUCCCUAUUCGAUCAAGCGGCGUUGGCAGACGGGGGGGUGAGGUGGGAGCAGCAGCAGUGCGGGUCGUUCCACUGCCUUAACACGCGCGCUCUGGGCGACUGUCGCAACUGCUUCAACCUGUCUCUUGAGAGCCACCGCUGGCAGCACCGCUUUCGAGGCAACCCCACCAUGCACGACGUAAUGCAACUCAAAAACGGCUCCCUGAGGUUGGGGCUGGACGUGGGAGGCGGCACGGGCAGCUUCGCAGCGCACAUGGCACGGCACGGGGUGACGGUGAUGACGACAGCCAUGAACUACGAGACCGUGUCGGGGCGGCAUGCGGGGCUGCCUUACUUUGAAGCCAUCGCCAUGCGCGGCCUCAUCCCGCUCUUCCUGCCCCAUAAG